AUGAGAUUAAAGAGGAAAAAUAUAGAACAAUCAGAGGAGAAGAAUGCAAUGAGAUUAAAGAGGAAAACUGUAGAACAAUCAAAGGAGAAGAAUGCAAUGAGAUUAAAAAGGACAAAUAUAGAACAAUUAGAGAAGGAGAAGAAUGCAAUAAGAUUGAAGAGGAAAAAUAUAGAACAAUUAGAGAAACAGAAGAAUGCAAUGAGAUUAAAGAGGAAAACUGUAGAACAGUCAGAGGAGAAGAAUGCAAUGAGAUUAAAAAGGACAAAUAUAGAACAAUUAGAGAAGGAGAAGAAUGCAAUAAGAUUGAAGAGGAAAAAUAUAGAACAAUUAGAGAAACAGAAGAAUGCAAUGAGAUUAAAAAGGACAAAUAUAGAAAAAUUAGAGAAGGAGAAGAAUGCAAUAAGAUUGAAGAGGAAAAAUAUAGAACAAUUAGAGAAACAGAAGAAUGCAAUGAGAUUGAAGAGGAAAAAUAUAGAACAAUUAGAGAAACAGAAGAAUGCAAUGAGAUUAAAAAGGACAAAUAUAGAACAAUUAGAGGAGAAGAAUGCAAUAAGAUUGAAGAGGAAAAAUAUAGAACAAUUAGAGAAACAGAAGAAUGCAAUGAGAUUAAAGAGGAAUAACAUACAACAACUUGAGAAAGAACGUAAUGCAAAGAGAUUAAAAAGAAAAAAUAUACAACAACUUGCGAAAAAGUUUAAUGCUAAGAGAUUGAAAUGUAAAAAUGCAGUUGGAAACGAUCGAUUUAGUGAACUCAAUAAUGAAUUUCAGAGAGAUGUAUCUGAAGGACCAGAAUAUGUAUGUAAUUGGUGUUAUCAAACAUGGUAUAGACAUUCUGUUAUUGAAUGUAAUCAUGAUAAAUAUAAUGAGGAACUUGCUAAAUUAUGUAUAACUGAUUUUAAAUCAGUAAAUGAUAGACAAUGA